AUGGCACAAAAUUCAGGAUUAACAAUCGUUUUUAUCGGCUCAUCUGAAAAAGAAGAACUGCUAGAAAAGAUUAAAUCAACAGCAGUACAAUGUGAAAGACAUAUUAACUAUCAAGAUACUUACUAUUUAACUUAUAUUGUUGAUGGUUCAGAGGCUAACAUUGAAUUGAUCGAUUCAGGCAUAGAACAUACAGGAGCACGACAAAUGUCAAUUCGUAAGGCACACGGUGUAAUAUUAUUUUAUCGUAUUUCAUCACAGAAUUCGGUUAAUCAAUUACAUGAUGUGGCACUUGAUUUUCAAAUAAUACGAAAUAAAAUUAAGCCACCAAUACUUUUAAUUGGAAAUGAGGAUGUAGACGAAAAGUGCCCAGAGCCAAUAAUUCCAUUGGCAUCUCAAAAGUAUAAGUCGAAUUCAGUGCAUCCAUUAAUGGUUGAAAAUGCAGUUAGAACGAAAACUGCAAUGGAUUUGAAUCACAAAAAUAAUUAUAAGCGAUAUGGAAGUACUAAAAUUACAACAAUUCAGGUUGAAUACUUUUAUUACUUGAAUUAA